AUGAACAUCGUCCGAGAACACUACAAUGAUGGCAAUCGUGCCUUUCUCCAAGCCUUCCUGGCUCGGGGCACACUCACAUACGAAGACGCACAGCCUAUCCUAGCAGGAAUCUUCACCAUCGAAGCCCAAGAUGGCGAGCCAGUCGCCCCCGAACAGGUCACGAUGGAGGACUUCGACUCUUACCUGCGAGCCGCAGCCGAAGGCGUCUCUUUCUUCGACUACGAAAUACGAAGCACGAUCCAUCAAGUUACCAAAAAGCGCAUCUACGCUCUCGUGAAUACCGCCUCUGACCCUAUGACACAACUGGCGACCACGUUCAACGCAGAGCAGAUUUCGUUUACAAAGAGGUUACUAGACGCCAUGUUCGAGACGUACAACUCCCCGCGCAUGGAGCUCAUGUGCAUCACGGAGAUGCAGGCUAUUAAGCUGGCCCGCCCUCCUCGACAGAAUAACAAUAAUAACGACGAGAACGGAGAACCCACACAGACGCAGUCGUCCUCAGACAAGGGACUUAAGCACAGCGAAGUGGAAGACAUGCUGGCGAAUCUAGUGAACCAGGGCUGGUUAGAGAAGUCCAAGGAUGGGUUCUACAGCCUCAGCCCGCGAGCACUGCUUGAGCUCAGAGCAUGGCUGAUCGACUCAUUCAACGACCCCGACGCGGCCGCGCAGGAUUGGCAGCGCAUCAAGUUCUGCGAGGCGUGUAGGGAAAUCGUCACAGUCGGACAACGGUGUGCGGAACGAGACUGCAACGCGCGCCUGCACAAUACAUGUCAAGAAGGGUAUUGGCGCACUCAGCGGAGCCACAAGUGCCCCAAGUGCUCAAAGGACUGGGAUGGGGAACAUUAUGUGGGAGAGCAGGCCAUGACUAGCACAGAGGCAUAUCAAAGGGGCCGUCGGAGGAUUUCCACGAAAGAUACCCCACGAUGGUGGCUAACUCAGCCGUAUCACUCAAUAUUUGCCAAUGACAUGCAUACCUUACAUAACGCCCAGACAGCUAUGUUGGAAUACCUGAGCUACAAGAAGUUCAAAAAGUACAAGACGGAGAAGGAGGCAAAGGAGGCGGCAGCGGCAGAAGGCGAGGUGGAACACAACAGCGUAUCGCCAGCACCAUCAACAGGCAAGCUUCACCCAGACUCGCGACCAUCAGCCACAAGACGCCAAACGAGCUCGCAGUCCGUCUCGACAACAGCAAGCGCAGCAACAGGAGGCGGAGGCCCCGCGCCCCUCCUCAACCGCAAAGAUGAGGCCUUCUUCAGACGCAUCCUCGCCGACGCCAACGACGUCGACUCGGACGACGAGAGCGUCCGGCCCGCCCUGCCCCCGCGCAGCAAGACGCCAGAGUACAUCUGGGAGGACUCUGACGGUUCCCGGCGCACCGCCGCCGCCGCCGAAAAGCAGACGCCCAAGAAGGCCGCGACGGUAGCGGUAGACCCCAAAGACGCAAAUGCCUCGGGCAGCAGUUCCAAAAUCCCUAGCAAGAUCGCCUUCCUCUUCAACAAGGCCAAAGGAACCCUCAACGACAAGGACAAGCAGCUUGCCCCGACAAAGUCAAACGUCCCACCCAAAGAAGCCGCCCGCGAAGAAGACGACCUCUCCCGCGUCCUCGACGACCUCAACCUCUCGGCGCGCAACAACAAGGCCGUGCCCUUAUCCGCCGAAUCCUCCGAGCUCGUCUCCAAAUUCACCCUCGUCCUAAAGGACCUCGUCAACGGCGUGCCCACCGCCGCAGAUGACCUUAAAGCUCUCGUCGAGGACCGCGACGGCACCCUCGCAAAGACGUUUGACAAGCUUCCCAAUAGCAUGAAGAAGCUCGUCACCCAGCUCCCGGACAAGUUCACCGCCAGCCUGGGCCCGGAGGUCCUUGCGGCCGCGGCGAAGGCGCAGGGCGUCAACCACGCGGAGUUCACCGCCGAGGAAGGGAUCAAGGGCGCCGCGAAGAAGAUGUUCACGCCCACGAGCCUCGCGGACCUCGUUACCAAACCGGGCGCCGUCGUGGGCAUGCUCAAGGCCAUCGUCAAUGCUCUCAAGCUGCGCUGGCCAGCCUUUAUUGGCGCCAAUGUCAUCUGGAGCGUUUCCAUAUUCCUCCUCCUCUUUGUCCUGUGGUACUGCCACAAGCGCGGCCGCGAAGAACGCAUCAAGCGCGAAAACGCGCCCGAAAUCAUUGACGGCUCCGGCCGCAUCGAGGAACUCCCCGAUGACCCGGCCCUCAUGGCGGGGCCCUCGCGCUCCCGCACCGAGCCAGUGGUGCGGUCAUCAGAUCGCCCGCGCAGCCAGCGCAGCGAACGGAGCCGGCGGAGCGGGCGACACAGCUCCGGACGGACGACCCCUCAGCGACGAGCGUCGCCGGGCCCCGAUUCCCCGAGACGGAGGUCGACAAGGAAGUAA